CUUGAAGAGAUUUUGUUUAUUUCUUCAUUUUGGUGGGUAUGGUGGCUUUAUUAUUAUUAUUUAUUAAAUCAACUUGGUGAACUUUCACCAAUUCAACAGUAGACUUGAUAAUUUCAUACGGCUUUUGGAAUUUUUAUAUUUGUAACAUCAGCAAAAAAAAUUCCCCUACUAGAAAGUAAUUAAUUCAAGCAUAUUGUAGGAAUCUUGCCAUUGCAAACAUAUUGGUUGGAUCUUCUUGUAAUGUUCCAAAAUUUAUUCCUUUGAUGAAUAAGAACAGGCAUUAGCGGAACCCAUCAUCUAUUUUUCUGUCCAUUGGUUUUGUCCAUCUUAUGAUAAGCAGGUCUUAAAUAUGCUUUACUGCUGGGUCGAAGAUCCAAAUUCUGAGGCAUUCAAGUUGCACCUACCAAGGAUUUUUGACUAUUUGUGGCUUGCAGAAGAUGGCAUGAAAAUGCAGGGUUAUAAUGGCAGUCAGUUAUUGGACACUGCUUUCACUGUUCAGGCAAUAAUCUCAACUAGCCUUCUUGAGGAAUUUGGUCCAACUCUUAAGAAAGCGCAUGAGUACAUAAAGAAUUCGCAGGUUUUGGAAGACUGCCCUGGUGAUCUUAGUUUCUGGUAUUGUCACAUUUCUAAAGGUGCAUGGCCUUUAUCAACUAGAGAUCAUGGAUGGCCCAUAUCAGAUUGCACUGCAGAAGGUUUAAAGGCUUCACUCUUGUUGUCGCAGAUUCCAUCAAAAACUGUUGGUGAACCAAUCGAUGCAAACAGAUUGUACGACGCAGUGAAUGUCAUUCUUUCACUACAGGAAUUUGGAUGCCAAGAAGACAUGAUGUUUUGUGGUGUGUUUGAUGGCCAUGGCCCUUGGGGACACUAUAGCAAAAAGGGUCAGAGAAUCGCUGCCAUCAUCUCUGCUUUGCAAUUGGCAGGAGACUCUUGCUAUGAGCUCAAUUACAUCAGAAUUCCUUUUGGAAUAUGAUAAAAUGCUUAAUCGAUUUGACAUUUGGAAGGAAUCCUAUUUGAGAACUUAUUGAAAUGAGUGAUUCACUUGGGCAAAUGAAUCAUAACCUUGAAGGUUUGAAGAGUGAUCUAAAUGAAGUUAUUAAGGGAAGGGAUUGCCAUGAUGCUGAGGUACUUGUCUUGAAAGAGCAGCUAGAAAUGGCACAAGCUGUUGCUAAAGAAAAUGAAGCAAUUGCUACAGAAGCUCGACAGAUGGCCGAGGCAACGAAGAACUGUGCUGAAGAGGAGGUGUAGUUGUUAGAGAAGUCUGUGGAAGAGCUAGAAUAUACCGUAAAUGUAUUGGAAAACAAGGGGGAGCUUGUCAAAGCAGAGGCUGAAAGGCAAUGGUUGUAGAGAGAGGAGCUAGAAGGGGACCCCACUGAAACAGUUCAUGUGGAAGGCUAUGUGGCAGUUCAUGUGCAUUUGUAUUUUGUUUUGGAAACUUUAAAUAGACCAUUAAUUGUUUUGUUGAUAUUGUGCUGAUUGUUGUCUUGAUGAAUGUUAAAAGGGUGAAAUAUGCACAGGUUCAAUCAUUUGUUGAUUAUAA